AUGCAACACGAUGACUCGCACAUUUAUAUCAGCCAUUUGACACCAAAAGAGCAUGGGAAAUUAAUUAAUUUAGUCGGUAGAAAGUGUUCAGUUAGAGGGAAACUUAACGGUAAAACGUCAGACGUUUUAUGGGACAUGGGUGCCCAGGUAUCAAUCGUUUCCGAAAAUUUUGUUAGCAAAACCUUUCCAAACAUUCCGAUUCGAGAUGUUAGUGAACUGCUAGAAUGUGGUCUAACACUGACAGCAGCUAAUGGUAGUAAGAUACCAUACGUGGGAUGGGUUGAAUUAAAGUUUCAAGUCCAAGAUUCUGCAAAUGAAGUUUCUGUACCCUUUUUGGUAACCCGAGAAAACUUAGAACUACCUUUAGUAGGUUUUAAUGUUAUAGAACACAUGAUCAACUCGGGAACACUUCAGGAGAACGAUAUUCUAACCAGUUUUGUCGGGAUCAACACCCACAACGCAGUGACGUUGCUGGACUUGGUGAAAGAGAUAAAUCAUGGCGAACUAUGCCUUGUGAAAACUCCCAAAAAGGACACUGUUAUACCUCGAGGACAAGUAGCAAAAAUACGUUGUAGAGUGAACACUGGACCCCUGAGCAGUGCUCUCACUUUUAAGGAAUUAUCCUUAAAAAUAGGAAUUUUGAAGAGUUUUAAGGAUUUUUUUAAGGAAUUUAGGUUUUUGAGGAUUUUUUUAAGGAAUUUCCAAAACAUUUUAUCCUGGACUAAAAACGUUUUAACGGAGAAUAACCACGCCACGCAAAUGAGAUUUAAACUUGAAAGUAGCAACAUUAUAUGCACAUAAUUACAUAUAUUCGUAUGUUCUCUAUGUUGUAAAUGUACAUAUGCUGUUUCUUCUGAAAUCUACAGAUUUUCUAAGUUCUCAGGGCCCUAGCGACCGGGGGAGGGGGGAGGGAGGGUGCAACACCCCUAAUAUUGCUCAUGAACAAUUUCAGGUAGAUAUCCUGUAGAUUUUCAGGUAAAUUCAGGUAAUUCUCAGGGCAUAAAAAAGUGAACUCUCUAAUCUGAAUUGGAGUUAACAAUCAAACAAACUAAAGACGUUGAGACGUGUUGUGGCAGGGAGACAAUUGCGAAAUACCCUUUCUGACGAUCUGGAGACUCCAAAUUUCCAAAAUUUUCUCAAUUUCCCAUUAUAAACUGAAAGUAGCAAUACUUAUCUUCAUUGUUAGGCAAUACUAAAAUAUUGGGUAGGAAAGACUCUAAAAAUGCCAUUUCCGACGGUCUAGAAACUUCAAAUUUUUAAAAAAUAUGGUUUUAAAGAACGUUCAGUUCGAAAAAUUCAGGUAAAUCAGGUGAAAAAAACACUUUUUGCAACUCUGUGAUCAGGCCUUGUAGUAAUUUUACCAAUUUAAGGAAUUUUAAGGAAAUCUGAGGAAUUUUCGAGCUUUUUCUAAGGAAUUCGAAAAAUUGAUUGUGAGAGCACUGCCCCUGAGCUAACUGACACCAGUCCUAUUUGAAGCAGAUGAGAAUAGUCACUGGCCAGGAGGCCUACAAGUUUCCGAUAAUUUAUUAACAGUUAAAGCGGGUAAGGCGAGCAAGAUCGAAGUAGAAAUAAGGAACACUACAAAACAUGAUAUAAGUCUAAAAAGUCGGACAGUUCUCGGUCGCUUGCAAUUAGUUCAGUCAGUUACCCCUGUAGAAGUGACACUGAAAACCGCUGACCCAAAGUCCCGAAUACCUCCAAGUACGAAAUCAACUGAUGACGUCUCAGAGGACAAAAUUCGAGGUAGCACAUCCAACCAUCUGCCUGCUCACCUUAAAUUAAAGAAAUCGACCUAAGUCAACUCACCAAUGAACAAAAGAAAGUUGCUGAACAACUACUCAUCGAGCAAGCUGACGCUUUCGCCCAGAGUGAUGAUGACGUAGGAAGUAUACCAAACCUUCAAAUGAACAUCCACCUGAACGACAAAACCCCAGUUCAAAAGAACUAUGUUGCUGUCCCUCGACCAUUGUAUCCCGAAGUGAAAGCUUAUAUCGAAGAUAUGUUAAACAGGAAGUUCAUUCGGAGAUCAAAUUCGUUGUGCAGUUCCCCUGUAGUGUGCGUUCGAAAAAAGGAUCAAAGUCUACGAUUGUGCGUCGACUAUCGCGAGCUCAACCGAAAAUCAGGGGUAGAUCGUCACCCAAUCCCGCGCAUUCAAGAGACUCUAGAUAAUUUGGGUGGCAAUUCCUGGUUUUCAGUUCUCGACCAAGGCAAGGCGUACGUACCAUCAAGGAUUCUUACAGCCUGAAAGCCAACCACUCACCGCUUUUAAAACGCCUUGGGGACUUUACGAAUGGAUCAGAAUCCCGUUUGGAUUAUCAAACGCACCUGCUACCUUCCAACGCUUUAUGGAAACAACCUUAGCUGAUUUACGAGAUGAAAUCUGUGUUCCCUAUAUAUUUGGACGAUAUCAUCGUCUUCAGUGCGUCGUUUGAUGAUCAUGUCAGACACCUGCGACUUGUUCUCGAGCGGCUCAAAGAAAACGGAGUUAAAUUAAAGCCAAAGAAAUGUACGAUCUUUAAGAGAGAAGUCGUGUUUCUCGGGAAAAUCGUCUCCAAAGACGGCUACAAACUCGACCCUUUCACCAUUGCUCCCAUUUUCUGCAUGCAAGAACUCCACCUAAGACGGUAAACGAGGUUCGCAAACUAAUGGGAUUUCUAAAUUAUUACAGAAGCUACAUCGCAAACUUUUCCGCUAUGGCAAAGCCUAUCUACGAUCUCGUGAAAACGUCUGAGGGUGGUACUAACGGUGUUUCCGCCAAACACAAGAAGAAUGCAAGCCAGAAAGUGUCAUGGACACAAACCCAUCAGGCCGCUUUCGAGCAACUCCUUUCUCAUCUAACCCGUGCCCCAGUGAUGGCGUACCCAGAUGCUACACGCCCGUACAUACUCCACACUGAUGUGUCCGAAACUACACGCCCGUACAUACUCCACACUGAUGUGUUCUCCGCGUAA